UUGUUUUCUCUCUCUAAUGGCUUCUCUGUCAUUUUUCCUUGUUGGGUUCUUAGUUUUGGCUAGUGAAGUGAGUUGUUCAUUAGAUGGGUUUGAAAUGGAGAUGGAAAAGGAUGAGCUUUUGGGUCUUUUUGAUGUAAUGGAAGCUCUUUUAGAUGAUUCUAAUUGGGCCAAAGAUCAUCCUCAACCAUGUAGUGAAACUCCAUGGCCAGGUGUUCAAUGUGAGAUUGGUCAAGUUUCUCCUUUCUAUUUUCAUGUCACUAAGAUUCAUAUUGGUUCUGAUAUUCUCAACCCACCUUGUAAAAUCUCUGCUACAAUAUCACAUUCUUUGCUCAAGCUAACUUACCUAAAGACAUUCUCAAUCUUCAACUGUUUCACAACUCAUCCAAUAUCACUUUCUCCUUCUCUUUUUGGCUCAUUAUCUUCAUUGGAACACUUGGUUCUUGAGUCAAAUCCAUCUCUUUAUGGUAAAAUUCCUUUAACCAUAGCUAAACUUGGUAGCUUAAGAGUCUUAACUCUGUCUCAAAACAACCUUGUGGGAAAUAUACCAAGAGAGAUUGGUGAAAUGGUCAUGUUGGAACAACUUGAUUUGAGUUACAACAAUUUAAGUGGUGAAAUACCAGAAGAAAUUGGUGAUAUGGAGAAUUUGACCAUUUUGGAUUUGAGUUGGAACACUCUUGAGGGUCAACUUCCUUCUACAUUGGGUCAACUUCAACUUCUCCAAAAGGUUGACUUUGGGUCAAACAAACUUGUGGGAAAAAUUCCACCUCAUCUUGGUAUGGCCAAGAGUUUAGUACUCCUUGAUUUGAGUAACAAUUUACUCACUGGCUCAAUCCCUGAAACCCUUUCAGGUUUGGAACAUUUAGAGUACUUAAUAUUUGAUCACAACCCUUUUAAUACUAUGAUACCAAAUUUUGUAUGUCAACUCAAAAAACUCCAAACAAUGAGUUUCUCAGGCUGUGGAUUGAUAGGCUCAUUGCCCAAUUUCUCAACUCCUUUAAAACACCUCUCAUCUCUUUCUUUAGACAACAAUAGUCUCACUGGGAAAAUCCCUUCAAACUUAGUGUCAUUACCAAGUUUAGAUCACUUGAAUUUGAGUAAUAAUAAGCUGAGUGGAGAGGUAUUACUUCCUCAAAGUUUCAUUGAAAGGCUUGGGAAAAGGUUGGAUAUAAGAGGAAACAAUGGCUUGUGCACCAGCAAUCAACUAAACCAGAAGAAGGUAUCUUUGUAUUUAGAUGCACCUGUUUGUUUAAAUUCAAGUAGUGAGCCUAAAAGUGAUGAAAGUUUGGCUUGGACUCAUCAUCAUCAUCAUCAUAAUCAGGCAAAUGAGCCAGUUGAGAAUAGGCUUAAGGAGACAUCAGAUGCUUCAUUGUUCUGUUCAAAUAUCAUUUGUUUAUUACUUGUGUUUUUCUUCUCAUUGUUUAUAUUUUGAAUGAUCUUGUAUUUUUUUUUUCCUUUGUUGUUAAUAAUUAAUAUAUAUAUCUAUAUAUACAUAAUUUUGUAUUAUAUUAGACUCCAUUUAAGGUCAUUUUGUGCAUUUGAGAAACUAAACUCAGGUUCUCUAUUAGAUUUGGUUAUUUAGAUAUACAACUUAUGACAAUUUAAUUCUAGUUAAUUAGUAAUUUUUUCUCUUAAUUUUAACAUGUACAA